UUCUACUAGUUUCGUACGGGCGCGAACGCGCGGCGGACGCCCGUAUACCUACUCCCUGUAAGCGGCGCGCGCAUACCAAACAAAAACAUACAAACAUCGAACUUUGUUUCACGUGUGUCUGUGGACUGUGAACUGAGUGCAUAGAGGGUGAUUUUGGGGUGUCAGUGGGGUGUUUUGGCGGGGAUUGCAUCGUUUUACGUGACUGAUAAAAGCUUUCGUAACACCGGUGAUAACAGUCGGAUAAAAUAAAGGCAGUGCUCUCCAAAGAAUGAGGUGUAAGCAUUGGAUUGACAACUUUAUUGGGCCAGACACGCUGCAGCCAACAGGAUGACGCUCUCGGCGGCGUUGGUGUUGCUCGCGUGGUGCGCGACGGCGCUCGGCGGCGACCCGGUGUUCGACCCCAGCACGCUCAUGAGGCUGGUGCUGGUGCCGGCGGACGCGGCCGUCGGCUCCGUCAUCUACCGCGUGCGCGCCUCCGACCCCGACUUCGACUACCCGUUGCACUUUGAACUCAUUGGGCAAAUGGGCCGCCUAGACGUCGGCAUCGAGACGCUGCCCUGCACCCGCUACAACUCGGUCUGCCAGGCCAACGUCAUCCUGCUCCGGAGGCUGGAGCCCGGCCGCUACGUGGACUUCCGCCUGUCGGCUCGCAACACCCGGGGGCGGAGCGCCCGCAUCGCCUGCUCCAUCACUGGCACCAACGCCACCACGCCACGAGACACCAUAUUCCCUCACCAGCCCGGCAUCAUUUUGGUUCCUGAAGAUGCAAAGCGAGGAACGGAUCUCGAGAUAGUGAUAGCGAGGAAGAAUCAGCUGUCACCGAAGCCUCUGGAACUUGAGCUAUGGGGUUCGCCGCUCUUCGCAAUAAGGCAGCGCCGUGUAUCCACCGAAAACACCGAAGGCACGAUAUUCUUGGUCGGCCCAUUGGAUUUCGAAGCUCAGUCUAUGUACCACUUGACACUGCUCGCUGUGGAUCCAUACGUAGAACUGGGCAAGGAUACUCGAAAUAUUGCCAGUAUUGAAGUAGUGGUAGUGGUCCAAGACAUUCAAGACAUGCCUCCAGUGUUCACGUCAGCGCCACCCAUCACACAUUUGCCGAGACAAGUGGUGCCUGGUGACAUGGUCGUGAAGGUGCGAGCUGAGGAUGGAGACAAGGGGGCGCCUCGACAGAUCAGAUACGGCCUCGUGUCUGAGGGGAACCCGUUUACACCAUUCUUUAACAUCAAUGAAACUACAGGCGAGGUGACCCUUGAACGGCCCAUAGAGGAGAUAGCAGCGAUAUCUCACGCGGGAGCUCCUAUCCUUCUAACUGUGGUAGCAGAGGAAGUCCGUCUGUCCAGAGAGGAGCCUGAGGCGAUGUCAUCCACUGUCCAGCUCGCUUUCAUACUGCCCGAGAGAGAUAACUCACCGCCGUACUUUGAGAAUGAGUCUUACAUCACUUAUUUGGAUGAAAAUGCACCUCAAGGUACGGCGCUCCUGUUCACCGAUCCGUACAUUCCUCAAGUGAAUGACAACGACGCAGGGAAAAAUGGUGUUUUCUCUCUCUCGCUGGUCGGAAACAACGGCACGUUUGAAAUAACGCCAACAGUGGCAGAGAGACACGCUCAAUUUAUUAUCAAAGUGAGGGACAACACUAUGCUGGAUUUCGAAGCUCGGAAAUCAGUUAUAUUUCAGAUUUUAGCUCAAGAGCUUGGACCAGCAACUAAUUUGUCAGUGACUGCAAAUGUAACGGUGUAUUUGAACGAUGUGAAUGAUAACCCUCCCGUAUUUCUGGCGCUCUCCUAUGAUGUUGAACUUCCCGAGAAUGUAACAGCGGGUACGCGGGUCGUACAAGUUGCUGCUGAUGACGUCGACACGGGAGAUUUUGGAAAAAUACAGUACACUGCCAUAUUAGGAUACUUAAAUACGUCACUGAACUUGGAUCCUAUAUCGGGGUUAAUAACUGUAGCAACAAAUAAUCAUGGGUUUGAUCGCGAAUCCAUGCCAGAUUUGCAUUUUUUAGUAGAGGCUAGAGAUAACGACGGUGUAGGUUUAAGAGUAACAGUGCCAUUAAUUAUUAAGUUAUUAGAUGUAAAUGAUAACCCACCAGAGUUCGAAAGGGCGGUUUAUGAGUUUGUAUUAUCGCCAAAUUUGAAUAAUUUUACUUCAGCAGCUUAUGUUAAGGCAGUUGAUAAAGAUGCUGAGCCACCAAAUAAUGUAGUCAGAUAUGAAAUUGUAGAAGGAAACAGUGAAGGAAAAUUUGCUAUUAAUGAAGAAACAGGUGAACUUUAUCUGCUAGAAGCAUUGAAGAGGACAAAAAAACAAAAUGUUCAUAGGCAAAAACGACAAAACGACAAUGAGCAAGAGAGCGAAGUUUAUAUAUUAACCAUAAGAGCUUAUGACCUCGGAGUACCAAAACUAUUUUCAACUUCAACGGUAAAAAUUUAUCCUCCUGAAAGUAAAACAAGAACAAUGUCAUUUAUCGUGCCUGGAGCAAACCCUGAUAGAAAGAAACUUGAAGAGGUUUUGAGCACUCUUUCAGGAGGAAAAGUAACUAUUAUAGAUAUUAAACCAUAUAAAUUAAAUGAUGGUUCAAUAAGUAUCGGUGACCAGGAUUCUAGUCAAGAAAAAAGUGUGGUUACUGCUGUAGUUCGUAUGGCAGGAAAUGCUGCCAUAAAUGUCGCAAAACUUCAAGAACAAUUAGCAAAAAAUGUUACAAUUUAUUCUACUACCAACGUAAACCAAGAUCAAACAUCAACAGCUGACAAUAACAAUUCGGGCGUUUAUAAAGCUGAAAGCCGAUUGUUAUUUUGGCUAUUGAUUUUGUUAGCCAUUUUAAUAGCACUUGUAUUACUACUCCUCAUAUGUUGCUGUAUUUGUGAAGGGUGUCCUUUAUACAUGCCACCAAGGAAAAGAGUGAUACGUGUCAACUCCACAGAGGACGACGUGCAUUUAGUGGUUCGCGACAAGGGAGUUGGGAGAGAAAACAAGUCGACGCAAAAUAUAGAAAAUAAGUCUAUAGAAGCACCUGAGUGGAGAAGACGAGAGGCCUGGAGCGCUGAACAAACGGAUUUGAGGACGAAACCAACUCAGUGGAAAUUUAAUAAAAGAAAUUAUAAAUCAAAAGAACCAAGUAAACCAUCUUCAACACCUGGCGGUAUCCGACAUGAAUUUGUACAGACUGCUGCUGAUAAUGAUUACAAAUACGAUGACACUAGGCAAUCCUUUAGACACAGGGAUGGCCCGAACAUAAUUUAUACAAAAGAAAUGCAACUUCAGGAAGCUUUUGCAAAUAAACAUAAAGAAUAUAUUGAAGAUUUAGAAAAUGGAUACGAUAGAAUUGCAACACUACAUCAUGAACACCAAGAACGUAAAGACCAAGAAAAUGAUUCCAUACGAAGACACGAAAUUGAUCGAGGUUCUGACGUUGGGAACUUCCUCAAAUCCGACGGUGACAGAAAUUUACAUGAAAACGAGGAGCAUAGAAUAAAGCGUGAUUAUAAUGCUCAAACUUCCCUUGGUAGAGAUCAAUAUUUCAUUAAAGAAGGAAACACUGAAAUUUUAAGACUAGUAACACGAGGUAAAAAUGAUGAAGAACGAUAUGUAAAUCUUCCUGUUCAGCAUCAGCGACCUGUAACAUUAAUUCCACAUACACAAUAUGUGGUUGUUGACAAUGGGAAGGAGCUUUUAAUGGAAAGAUUCAUCCGAGAACAAGGUGAAGAAGCUAACGAUAUACGAGAAAGAAUGAACAAAGUAGUUACAACAGAUUUAGAUAAUAUUUCAAAUGGCAAAGAUAUUAAAAGUGUUGUUCAACGAUCACGUACAGGUGUAGAUCAUCAAAAUCAAAUGCACGAGUAUUCUAAUUUUCAACCUGAAGUUCCAGGCACUGUACCCUUAAAAUCCGAUUAUUUACAAUCAGCUUUACUAGAAAUGCAAAACAAAUCUUCAAUUCAUCAAGAACUCCUUGAAUCAUCGUUAAGAAAACAAAAUGAACUUCUUCAUCAAAUACUUAUUGAAAGAGAGAGAAUGUUACAAAACCAAGAAACUGCAUCUCAAGGUGAAAGUAAGUUAGAAACUCAGAGUUUACCAGGACAUUCUGUCAUGGCAACACAAACUGAAUGCCAUAUUGGUACACAGACAGAACCUCUCAUACUCAAGGAGGUUAUAAGAAAAUCUCGAAGUGAUAACGACUCAUAUAGUGAAGAUGAGUCUCAGAUUACUUCAGAUAAUUCAAAAAAAGUAACGUGGAUAAAGAAAAAGAAACCCAAGAAAAAAGUUAAAUACAAAGACCCACGGCGCAGUAUUCGUGUUUAUGAGUUAAAAAGAAAAAUAAAAACUCCUAUAAUUGAAGAAAGUGACCAUUCACCUUCCUUGGAAAGUGAAAAAACUGUUAAAGUCAGUAAAAUAAACGAGAGAGAAGAACGAGUUAAACAUUACGGCGAUGUGACUAAAAGUACCAUUACGACUUCAAAAAAUGAAAUUGUCAGUUCGACGCAAAUUAAGGCAUCUGAUUCCGACAGAAAAUUAAAAUCACGAAGAGAAGUGCUAAUGGAAAUUUCCGAUUCACUUGAUGAAAAAAUAAAAAAGACAACAGGAAAACAGUUACCAGCUCUUAAUGAAGGAAUAUCCAAAGAAACUUAUGAACAAGAAAGUAGCAAAAGUACAAGUAGUUCAGCCAGUAGAGAUCGACGUAAUUUGAUAUUCUCACGCCAAGGAUCUUCCACAGAAGAACGUGAACGUAUUUUGGAUAAACCAGAUAAUAGGGUACAAACUACUGAUUUGGAUGAACCAGAACUGCCCGCAGAAUUUAAGUCGGAGGCUAGUAAAGAUAGUAGAAAAAAAGAUAUGGAAAUCGAAAAACUAUCACAAACGACCAAACCAGCACAAAAAAGUUUACCUAGAUAUAUGCAAUGGUAUGGGAAAAAAUCGAGUGUAACCGUAAAACCCUCUUCUUCCGAUAAAGUAAUACCAGAUAAACCAAAAAGACCUUCAAAAACGAAAAAUGAACAAGAUAUUAAAGAAAAAAGUGGUCGAUAUGGAAAAAUAAUCAGCAAAGAAAGUCAAGGAAAUGAGGUAAAAAAAAACUUCAAAGAAAAAGAAAGUGAUUUUAUACACCCUCGAUUGUUGAAAGAAGGUAGAGUCACGCCAGUUCCUGAAGGACCGUUACCUGAUGUGCACCCUUUAUUGCAACACUCUGAGCAUAGGUACGAACAUCAAUAUGAAAAUCAAAAUCCUCUUUGUUACAUUAAACCAACUCAUAUACCAAAAUACUUGGGUGCACCGCCCAAUGUUCCAACCUUACCGCAAAGACAGUCAUUAGAACAACAACCUAUUUAUGUUAACCAAGAUGACGUCAACAAUAAAAAAGGAAAGCAUAAAGAUGUUUCUGAAAGCGCCCUAACCCAUAGUAUAUCAAUUUCAACAAAUUACGAGGAUGACAAAAGAUCGGAAGUUCAUGUUUCUAAGAUAAAUAUCGGUGGAGAUGCUGGUACGGGUCAAAGAAUACUAGCAUCAAAAGUAGACGAUGACGAUUCUGGAAUAGCUAUGAGCACGCUGGUUCAGCAAACGGGUAAUAUAAAGCGUUUACCAAUUACAGAAAAAAAGAGUGUAUUUACAAUUGCUUAUGAUGACGUUCAAACUAAACAACUCAGGCCUGACAGCAGUUCUACGUCGUGCGAAAAGUUAUAAUUAUUAUCAAUAUCAGUAUUCCAACAAAAACAAGAGUGCCUUAUAGAUGUUAUUUUUUAUGCGUUUUGUAAACUGUGUUCCGUCCUAUUUAUUAUUAAUAAUGAUAUUGUAAAUAAUUUUAGUAGGUACUCCCGAUCUGGCAAAGACUUUCUCUCUCAUCGAAGUUUUGAUGAAAUUAAAAUUACAAUAACAUUACAAAUAUUUAAUAAAAAAUAUGCUGUUAAUUUCUUCAAAAAAUCGAUUAGAGACAGUUUUAUUGAUGGAAGGGAUUAUAAAUCUUCUUUACCUAAAUUAGGAACGAUACAAAUCAACUGCCUUUAUUUAAAUGACUGUUCUGUAGGUACUUUAAACUUGAUUAAAUUUAAGUGACAUUAUAUUGUAAAUAAAAAUUAUUUUUAAUUCGUAUUAUGUAUUUAAUUGUAGCUUUAAUAAAUCUAUUGUACAUAACUAUUCAUUUAUUCACAACUGCCGUACUGUCUCAGUAUGCAAUUCUAUAUUUGUUAUAAAAUAUAAAGUUAUAUCAUACUUUU